CCCCUCUGGCGCUGCCCAUGCUAAAAUAGACUUUUGGCCACUACAGGCCUCUAUAUCAUUCUCUAUGCACCUGACCAAUCAGAAUCGAGCCGACGACAACAUUGAAUUUCGCUUUCAGCCAACUGGGACGGGAAAUCCGCGUGACGCAACAAGCUGUCAGCUGUUCUUGUUUUGCUUCGGUUUUUUCCCUUCUUCUUUCUCCAGAGUGUCUGAUCUCUUCUGUACUAAACAAGAACAUUUAUGGAACUCAGAGUUGGAUUCUAAAAACACCGGAUAUAAGGAGUUCAAAACACUCAGGCCUAUGAUUAGAUCGGUUUAUUGUUAAAAAGGCGAUCGAGAUUUCUUCUCAGCUGGAUCCUCAAUCCGACGCUAUCGUGCCAAGAGGCAAAGCCGAUCCCAGGCCUCCGAUCCAGGGCGGAGGGAGGGAAAGAGGUCGCUGGGAAUCGGGAUGGAGACGGGAGAGGGAGCUGACGGUCCUAGCGGACCGGGUGAACCGGGAGCCGGGCCGGGGACGGAGCUGACGGGGCUUGGCUGCGCCUCUUUCAACCAAGACUCCACGUCAUUGGCAGUGGGAACCAAGACAGGCUAUAAGCUGUUCACUGUGACCUCAGUGGACAAACUGGACUGCAUCUACGAGAGCGAGACCCCAGACGUGUACAUCGUGGAGCGGUUGUUCUCCAGCAGUCUGGUGGUGGUGGUCAGUCUCUCCAUCCCCAGACGGAUGAACGUCUACCACUUCAAGAAGGGAACGGAGAUCUGCAACUACAGCUACAGUAACAACAUCCUCUCUGUCAGACUCAACAGACAGAGGCUGGUGGUGUGUCUGGAGGAGUCAGUGUACAUCCACAACAUCAAAGACAUGAAGCUGCUGAAGACCCUUCUCAACACGCCCUCCAACCCCUCAGGUCUGUGUGCUCUGUCCAUCAACCAUUCCAACUCAUACCUGGUCUACCCAGGCAGCUCCACCAUCGGAGAGAUCAUAGUUUACGAUGCCAACAACCUGAGCACUCUCACAAUGAUCCCGGCCCAUGACAGUCCCCUGGCUGCUCUCACCUUUAACUCGUCAGGCACCAAGCUGGCCAGCGCCUCAGAGAGGGGUACUGUAAUCCGUGUAUUCUCCAUCCCAGAGGGACAGCGGCUGUUUGAGUUCCGCAGAGGGAUGAAGAGGUACGUCAAUAUCAGUUCCCUGUCCUUCAGUCCUGACGCCCAGUUCCUCUGUGCCUCCAGCAACACUGAGACCGUACACAUCUUCAAACUGGAACAGCACGGACCCAGUGGAGAGGAGGAGUGUCCUACCUGGGGAUCCUACGUAGGGAAGAUGUUCUCUGCAGCCAGCAGCUACCUCCCAGCCCAGGUGUCUGGCGUGAUGAGUCAGGAAAGAGCCUUCGCCACUGUACGCCUCCUAGUGGCCGGGCAGAGGAACGUCUGUACCCUCGCCACGAUCCAGAAGCUUCCUCGUCUGCUGGUGGCCUCCUCCGACGGACAGCUGUUCAUCUAUAACGUCGACCCCCAGGAUGGAGGAGAGUGCUUUCUGUCUCAGAAACACAGAUUGUUUGGUGAGGAUGAGGACAAGGAGGAAGGGGUGGAGUCAGAAGGGUCAGAGGUCACGGUGCCCGUCCAGGCAUGUCCAUCAUACGCCGCCACUGUUGCCAUACCAGCCACCGGUCCAGUCACUACCACACUCACAGGUUACUCUGAGGAUGGUGGGGCUAAGAAGGGCGAGGUGAUCCCAGAACAUGAGUUUGCUGCUGGUCCCGUCUGUCUGGAUGAUGAGAAUGAGUUUCCUCCAGUGAGCAACCAGCAACUCUCCUAGCCUGGUCCUAUACAGAGACAGUAGUCAUGCUAACUCUCCUAGCCUGGUCCUAUACAGAGACAGUAGUCAUGCUAACUCUCCUAGCCUGGUCCUAUACAGAAACAGUAGUCAUGCUAACUCUCCUAGCCUGGUCCUAUACAGAAACAGUAGUCAUGCUAACUCUCCUAGCCUGGUCCUAUACAGAGACAGUAGUCAUGCUAACUCUCCUAGCCUGGUCCUAUACAGAGACAGUAGUCAUGCUAACUCUCCUAGCCUGGUCCUAUACAGAGACAGUAGUCAUGCUAACUCUCCUAGCCUGGUCCUAUACAGAGACAGUAGUCAUGCUAACUCUCCUAGCCUGGUCCUAUACAGAGACAGUAGUCAUGCUAACUCUCCUAGCCUGGUCCUAUACAGAGACAGUAGUCAUGCUAACUCUCCUAGCCUGGUCCUAUACAGAGACAGUAGUCAUGCUAACUCUCCUAGCCUGGUCCUAUACAGAGACAGUAGUCAUGCUAACUCUCCUAGCCUGGUCCUAUACAGAGACAGUAGUCAUGCUAACUCUCCUAGCCUGGUCCUAUACAGAGACAGUAGUCAUGCUAACUCUCCUAGCCUGGUCCUAUACAGAGACAGUAGUCAUGCUAACUCUCCUAGCCUGGUCCUAUACAGAGACAGUAGUCAUGCUAACUCUCCUAGCCUGGUCCUAUACAGAGACAGUAGUCAUGCUAACUCUCCUAGCCUGGUCCUAUACAGAGACAGUAGUCAUGCUAACUCUCCUAGCCUGGUCCUAUACAGAGACAGUAGUCAUGCUAACUCUCCUAGCCUGGUCCUAUACAGAAACAGUAGUCAUGCUAACUCUCCUAGCCUGGUCCUAUACAGAAACAGUAGUCAUGCUAACUCUCCUAGCCUGGUCCUAUACAGAGACAGUAGUCAUGCUAACUCUCCUAGCCUGGUCCUAUACAGAGACAGUAGUCAUGCUAACUCUCCUAGCCUGGUCCUAUACAGAGACAGUAGUCAUGCUAACUCUCCUAGCCUGGUCCUAUACAGAAACAGUAGUCAUGCUAACUCUCCUAGCCUGGUCCUAUACAGAAACAGUAGUCAUGCUAACUCUCCUAGCCUGGUCCUAUACAGAAACAGUAGCCCGGCUAGCUAGCCAGAGACUGAGAGAAGCAGAGUUUGGCCAAAGCGAGACAUUUCAACCUGGAAAAACAUUAGACAAAGUGAAAGGGUGCAUCUCUACCCUAGUGCCUUCAGAAACUACAGGACAGCUCCUCGAUCUGGUGAGCAGCAGUAGUGCUUCUGGGAUACUGAGUCUGGAAGGCCAUCAGUAGGAUCAGAGGAGCACAUGUAAAGAGUUGACCCUACUGUCUUUAUAUUCCACUCAGGUGCUAGCCAGGUUCCAUUUAGAAACAUAGGAACUCUAGUACUAGCCUAGUCCUCUUCCUUAACCCCUACCCUACUACAAACUAGUCUCCUUCCUUAACACCUACCCUACUACAAACUAGUCUCCUUCCCUACCCCCUACUCUCCUACAAACUAGUUCCCUUCCCUGCCCCUUAUAACAUUGGCCCAGUUAGCAAGGCCUCCACACUAACUCCUACAAAACAUUGGGUUUAAAUCCUACAGUAUACACCGAGUGAACAAAACAUUAGGAACAUCUUCCUAAUAUUGAAUUUAACCAGGUCUCCUCCCCUUCAUCUACACUGAUUUGAAGUGGAUUUAACAAGUGACAUCAAUAAGGGAUCAUAGUUUUCACCUGGUCAGUCUGUGUCGUGGAAAGAGCAGGUGUUCCUAAUGUUUUGUACAGUCAGUAUAUAUAUAUACAGUAGGUUUUAUAAGAAGAGUUGUUUUAAUGCUGGACGGUUGCAAUGCGUUUCACUCUGUGAAUACCGGAAAUUACUUUAAUACAUAAUUUCUCUCUUUAAUACGUAUUUUAUAAGUGUUACCUUCUUAACAUGACUCAAAUGGGGGCGGCAGGGUAGCCUAGUGGUUAGAGCGUUGGACUAGUAACCGAAAGGUUGCAAGUUCAAAUCCCUGAGCUGACAAGGUACAAAUCUGUCGUUCUGCCCCUGAACAGGCAGUUAACCCACUAGGCCGUCAUUGAAAAUAAGAAUUUGUUCUUAACUGACUUGCCUAGUAAAAUAAAGGUAAAAUAAAAAAA